UGGGCGUGCUGUUGGUGCUGGGCGUGCUGUUGGUGCUGGGCGUGCUGUUGGUGCUGGUGCUCGCGGUGCUGCUGGUGCUGGCGAGGGAGCUGGUGCUGGUGCUGGUGGUGCUGCUAGUGUUAUUGGCACAGGUAGAGAUGGUGGUGGCGGUGCUGCUGGUGCUGGUGGAGAUGCUGAUGAUGGUGACGGGGGUGCUAUAGGUACUGGCGGUGGAGUCCGUCCUGACGGAUAUGUUGAUGUUCCUGCUGACGGAUAUGUUGGAGCUGCUGCCGACGGAUAUGUUGGUGCUGCAGACGGAUAUGUUGGUGCUGCUGACGGAUAUGUUGAUGCUCCUACAGACGGAUAUGUUGGUGGUCUUGCUGACGGAUAUGUUGGUGCUGCUGGCGGAUAUGUUGGUGCUGCAGACGGAUAUGUUGGUGCUGCUGACGGAUAUGUUGGAGCUCCUGCUGACGCAUAUGUUGGUGCUGCUGACGGAUAUGUUGGUGCUCCUGCUGACGGAUAUGUUGGUGGUCUUCCUGACGGAUAUGUUGGUUGUCUUGCUGACGGAUAUGUUGGUGCUGCUGGCGGAUAUGUUGGAGCUCCUGCUGAUGGAUAUGUUGGAGCUCCUGCUGACGCAUAUGUUGGUGCUGCUGACGGAUAUGUUGAUGGUCUUGCUGACGGAUAUGUUGGAGCCGUUACUGGUGCAGAAGGAGACAACGGCUCUAACGAAAUUGGCGCCAGAAGUGGAGCGGACUUCGAUACCGUAGGAGUCGAAGAACCUUUCUUUGGCAUCUACCUUCGGGGUGACGAUCGAAGUGAGGAUGGAGGACUCGAAGCCCACCGAGGAAAAAGAACCAGCCAUCCUGAUGGGCAAGGUGGUGAGAUCGAAGGCUUCGCAGCGGCAGCAGCUGUGGCUGGGGAAUACAUGCUGUGGCGGCGCAUCAGCGAUGGGCAGAUUGACACUUUGAGGCCUCAGGAGGAUGCUGCGUGGAACCCGAGGCACUCCAGGGCCCUGAGUGACGGAAUGGUUGAGAGGCGAGGCAUUGGACGGCACGCUAAGUAUGGGCCAGCACGAUACGAUGGUGGUCGAGCAGGUAAACUGAACAAUGGUGGUCGAGCAGGUAAACUGAACAACGAUGGUCGUCGAGCAGGUAAACUGAACAACGAUGGUGGUCGAGCCGGUAAACUGAACAACGAUGGUGGUCGAGCCGGUAAACUGAACAACGAUGGUGGUCGAGCCGGUAAACUGAACAACGAUGGUGGUCGAGCAGGUAAACUGAACAACGAUGGUGGUCGAGCCGGUAAACUAAACAAUGGUAGUCGAGCUAUCGCACUACUUGAGGAUCGAAGACAACAACAAACUGAUUAUAAGAGGGAAGCUAAGAAUGGCCGAGCAGGAGUGGAGAAGAGUGAUCGAGCAGAGUUAGAGAAGAGCGGUCGAGCAGAGUUAGAGAAGAGCGGUCGGCCAAGAGAACAGAAUGAUCACCUGACUACAGAAACGAAUAAUGGCAUAGCUGUAGAACGGAACGGUCGAUCUGAGGAACCUCAUAAUGGCCGUUCUGUAGGAAAGAAGGAUCUAAGACCAAGAGGAAAGGAUGCUCUAGCAAUAGAACGAAUAGAUAAGCAUCAAAGAGGAACGAAGAAUGCCCAGUCAGGUCACGGAGAGAAUGAUAUAGAAGGCAAAGAUGAUAAUGGAAGCGAAAGAACAGAGAACAGACAAGUUAAAAAUGGAUUCGGAGCCAAAAGACAGAACAGUCAAACCGGAACAGGAAAUGAAAACGUGUUUGGAAGACAGCGAAAAGGUCUUCGACCAGGAUUAGACGCUGGACGAACCUUUAACGAGAAGGGCCAUCAAGCUAACGAACGAGGCUUCGAGGGAAGAGAUGGAACAAGCGACUUCGAAACACAAGACGGCAGCAAUAAUCACAUCAGAGCGAGACAGGACGAUCAAACAGAUAAUCAGAGAUAUUUUCAAUUAGAUGAGCACCAUAUAGGCGGUCUGAUUUACGCAGGCGACGAUCAAGCAGGGAAUUACGAACCAAAUGAACGUCGCGAUUAUGACAGAGAUGAAAUAGGAUAUGAAACCAGCGGAUCAGUAGACGGACGAAGAGACAGACAACCAAGAAAGGACAGUAAUGGACGGAAAAACAAGCGAAAUGUAGGACUAACGGACAGGCGAAGCCCCGAACACGCAAACAAGCGAGCAACACGACACAAGACAAGCAGGAAACUCUACAGGAAAACAGACGGAAGAAACAGACACAUAGACAACAACAAUAGACAAAUACCCGCAGAAAACGACAUCUGGGGAAGCAGCGGAGAGGAGGAGAAAGAGGGAGAGGAAGCAGAAGACAAGGACGAGGACGUGGAGAGGCAGCGAGGGAGAGACAAGGACGAGGACGAGGAGAGGCAGCGAGGGAGAGACACGACAAUCAGGGGUGGCGCCCCCUACCUCGACCCGCCAACCUUCAGACAGCUUUACGCGCUCGACAGCACAAGGUUCGGAUCCCCGCGUAGGCUGACCCGAAGCCUGAGUGACAGCAGCGUGGUUUAUUGGGGCUCUGAACUGGCCAAAAAGAAUUGGCACCAUGGGCUUGUUCAGCGGUCAGCCAGCGCUGAUCGCCUGCUCUACGCGCCACAUCGCUGGUACUACGCUAGGCAAGCUAAACGCGAAGCUCGGCAGAGGGCGCUACAGGCCGAGCGCGAAGCCCGACUAGCCGCCAAGUCCGACUCCCCCAUCAAGUCCAAUAUAGAGAUCCUCUCUAUAGAGGGCUCCAUAGGCGGGAUGGAACUUCGGGAUGCCGACGGCGCCCUACUGACCUCCAGACCUGAUGAAAUGGAGUUUACUUACGAAAUCCAAGUUGGUGGAGAUGGGUUGACAGUCAAUCCGGUGGGUAGGGACGCCGCGACGGCCCAUGAAGCCUGGGAGUCCGACGCAGAAGGAGGUGACGACGACAGCAGCAGGAGACGACGGUCCAGGCGCCACAGAGGCAAAGACGGACAGCUGACGCAAGAAAGACUGUCCUCGCGGCUGGAGGAGGUGCUGAAGGAGAAGACCCGGGCCGAAGACCUUCGUCAGAAGCUCUUCAACAAGGCCAGAGACCUCCACGAGCAGGUCCUUAGGGCCAGAGACAAGCGCCGGCAGGAGUGGUGGACGGCGUGGGUGGACGCCCGACGGACGGGGACCCAGCUGGAGGAGCGGCAGACUGUUCUGAGGAACGAACUGGACGCUCUUCAUCGCCGCAUCAUCGGUUCCAUCAUCAAGCGAGAACCUAUCAUCACCGGCGUCAGAGACGAGCCUUCCAGGAAGGCUAACUACAAGAUCUCCGUCAUCCGUCUCAGACAUGAGAUUGAGGACUUGCGGAGAAGGGUUGAAGCCAUGGAGAUCAAGGUGGAAGCAGAGAUGAAGCUGAGGACAAUGGCUCAGAGAGAGGUCAAGACGCUGAGGUCAGAGGUCGGCAGGAAGAAAGCCAAUGUUGCUCUCACUCAACGGGUCACAUUGCUACGCAGUCCUACCAGCCUACCCCCGGACCUUCUCCUCCGGAUAUAGUACCGAAGCCACCACGACUUGGUGGACCAAACUCUCACAAGUCAAGUCUGGCCUCGGGCCGGGCUUGGGGAGUAGAAGAACUCCCAGAACCCCAUCAACCAGGUAUAUGUGGGCCUGCGGGCCGCUCCAAGCAACAG